AUGGAAGUAAGUUCUUACCAAAUAAAUAUUUUCUUUAUUAUGUUUUAUCUAUACAAUAUUAUAACGCAGUUAUUUUAAUAUCGAUUUUUAAACAAAAAUGAUUUAUUUUAUAAACAUUUAAUUCAUUAUCUAAUGAAUGUUAUUUAUAUUAGAAAACCAUAUAAAAUUGUAUAAAUAUUAAAAUUAAAAUGUCAGACUUAAAAAGUUAAAAUUGAAAUUAUUACCAAAUGUUUUCAUAAACCUAAAAAAUUAAACUAUACAUAUUUUAAAUAUUUCAUCUUAAAUAAAUACAAUUUAUAUGACGACUGAAUCUACUAGACAAUCAAAUACGUAAAUUUAAAUUAAUUUAAAUUAUCGAUCUGAAAAAUAGUCAACUUAUAUAAAAGAUAAAUUGAAUUUCAAAUUUAAAAAAAAAAUCAAUUAUUAAAAGAAAAAUUGAGGAAAGAAUAAUAUCUAGAAUUUUUUUUUAGAUACAUAUGUUUUUUACUUUUUUACAAUUGAAUAAGAUGCAAAGAAAUCAAUUAGUUCUUAAAUAGUUCUAUAAAAAUAAAACUUCCAUUUAAUUCAAAAACAAAUAUUAUAAUAUAAAUUGUUUACGUAUUUUGUAUAUAUUUUUUUAGUUUUAUAAAAAUCCCAAAAAUUACUAAACAUAAAUACUUUGGCAAUUAGUUUAAAGAUUAGUAUUUUGUUUUAAAAUAAUCACGAAUCCAUAUUAUUCAUUUUCAUUUUUCAUAUCAUUUAACAUUAUCAAGGGUGAAUAAUGUAAACGAUAUCGUAUAAAAUGUUCAACAAAUAUUCUACCUAACAGUUAAGUAUUGCUCCGUAAAAUUGAAAUAAUAAUAUACUUUUAAAAACAUAGUUUCUAUAAUAUUUUCUAAAACAUACUAUUAAUUUUAAGGGUGUUGAAAGUGGUUUAUCACAGUAGCUAUUUUUAUAUGCUCUAUGGAACACUGUGCCCAACAAAAUCUUAAAUGUGCACUACAAAAAAUUAAAAUUUGCACCUACCACCUUCUUAUUUAUUAUAAACGAGCUCUGAGGUUCCACAGGUAUAAGAAAAUAUUUUUUCAUUUUAAUAUUUACAAUGUAAUCAAUUCUCGAUAAGAUACUAAUUAUCUUGGAAAGUAUUUACUUUUUAAGCGAUUUUUUUUUUUUUAAAUUUAUAAAACAUAAAGCUCUAAAAUAUUACAUCAUCGUUAUUUUUUGUAAUUCUUAUUUUCGCGAAUGAACUAUUAUUUUUGAUAAUUUUUGAAUAGCAGCCUACAUUAAGUAUUCCAUAAAUAGAUGACGAGAUAUUUAACAUAUAUUUUGGUAUUGCAAUUUUAAAUGUCCGUCUACGUCACGUAAACUCAAAUAUGUGCACUACGAAAAGUCUGAAAAAAUAGCCAUUGGCUUUACCAAAUUUUUCAAGUUUACCUAACCAAUUAUGUAAAAUUUGAAAAAUUAAUUUUUUCCUUUUAAUGGCCACCUUAAUGUUAAAACUUUUCCACUUAUCUAGAGCCCGAUACUUAUUUCAGGAGAGAGGGUACGGACGAUUUUUUGAACGAAUAUUACGUUUUACACUAAUAGGUGGUGGAAAAUUUAACAUACUAACCAAUGAACGCAUUAAAUUUUUAUAAAACAUAUGAAUUUGUUGACACAUAUUCUAAUAAUAUAAUAAAACGCUUCAUCAAUUAAAAUGAGGUGAGUCCAAAAUAAAUACAAAUGUAAUGAUGAUUUCACGGAAUUUUAAAAAAAUAUUAUCUUAAUUUUAGAAGUCUUUAAAAUACAUCCUAAAUAUCGAAGAAAAUGUAUCAAAAAAAUGCAUACAUACUUUAAAAAUUAAAAAUCGGACAUUGAGAAAUAUGUCCAACUUCCGGCCGCUUAUUGAUUUAAAAAGUAUAAAAAUAGAUAACCACCAACUCCUUAAUAUAAUAAUAUGUAUUUUUUUAUAGAUUCCAACGUAGAAAUUUAGUAAUUUCAGUAUUUCAGUAAGGUGCUAGUAAAUUAUUGUUUUCAUUAUAAAAAUUAUUUAAAAACGAUGUAUAAAGUAAAUAUAAAAAAAAUAAAUAUUUAUAGUAAAUAAAUAUAAAAAAAAAACCCUCUCCCAAAAACCACAAAUAUUGUAAAAUAAAUUUAACUGUUUUAUGAAAACGUCGGACGAUAUAUUAUUUCAUUUUUAUAAAACGAAGUUAAAUUUCAAUUGCAAUAAAUUAGUACCUAAUAUGGAACUGAAAAUAAUAAAAGCGAUUUUAUUGAAAUUAUGUUCAUGUCAAACACCAAUUUAGAUAAUCGAUUAGUAAUUUAAUAAUAUUAUAUUUUUAAGAACUAAAUAUACGGAAUUAAACUAUUAUUUUCAAAAAUUUAAACCUAUAUAAUAUUACGAAAUACACAGUCACCGAUUAAAUAUAUUUUUAGGUGUAGUACUCUAUUAUUAAAAUUAUUUGAAAAAGCUCAUUAGUUAUUAUAUUUUAAUAACUUCAUAUUAAUGUAUAUUUAACGCAAUAUUUAAAACAGUUAUAAAUAUAUCAACACCGCCAAAAAUAUAAAACUAUAGAUCAAAAUAUAUUAUAACUAUAAUUAUGUAACUAGUCCACUGUUAAAUCAGCGAUAAUUAAAAUACUGGUAUCACCGUAAAUUAUAAUGUAUGUAUUACAUAUGAUACAUAUGUAUAUUUUUUUUUUUUUUUAAAUAGCAUAUAAAUAAAAAUUAUACAUUCAUACUUAUUAUUGAGAUUUUAAAAAAUCAAAACACUAUUAUGUUCUGCUCAACAUAUUAAAAUAAAAAUAUAAAAAUAAAAAUUGGUAUAAGUAAUAAUCUAUUCGUUCCACAAACAUAUUAAAUUGCAUUUCACCGUGCUGUUUGCGGUUGCACGCGAAGUCUAUUUGUUAUUAAUUAUUUUACAGUUAUGUAUUUUUUACUGAUGGUACGCGUGAAAUUGGUAGAUAUAUAAUAUUUUAUAUAAGUAUAUAUAUAUUAUUGUGCCUAGUUUAAAUUUCUAUGGAUUGUCAAAAACAGAGAUCCAUUUUGAAAAUAAUAUUUUCAUAAAAAUAUAAAAAUAAUUCAAUAGAUCUGUGCUUUUCGUUUACAGAAACAAAAAUGGCUAUUUUUAACAUUAUUAUUGACACAUGCGUUAGCUGAACACAAAAAGUCGUCUACUAAAAAACAAAUCGAUAGUGGAGACGAGUCUACUGAAUCAAAAAAACCAGAGAAACGAGGUUUAAAUAAUAUAUUAGACUUAGGAUAUGCCAGAGGUGGAACCAAUUCACACUCAUCACCAGAAAAUUUAGAUUUUUCGUCACUUUCAUUUGGAAGCAGUAACGGUCGGGAUGGAAGUGGAGGAGAUAGCGAACAAUCAUCAGCAAACAUUGAAAACCACAACAGUGGUAACGGUUUUAAUAAUUUCUUCUUUGACGGAGGUGCUCAGAGCAACAAUGGAAACACACACGUAUCUAACACUGGAUCGGAAGAUCAGGGAUCAAUAGGAGGAAGAAAUGACAAUGCUCAUGGUUGGAUAGCCAGUUUUUUUAAUAACGAAGGGAAAAAUGAUGCUUCUGGAAGAGGAAGUUACGGCAUUCAAGCCAGCAACGAUGGCGGUGGGCAUCAUAACUUUGUAGGUUCACAGCAAGUAUUUCAAGGCUACGAAGCCGGUAGUGAUUACAGAGAUGGUGGAGGAAAUGUCGAUUCUCAUGGGACGACUAACAAUGGUGGCUUCGGAGGAGGCAAUGCUGGUUAUGGUGGAAUUGGUAACUUUGGAGGAACCGAUCAUGGAGCAAGUGAUUUUGGACGCGGUCACAUAGAAGGUGAUCACGGAGGUGGUGGUCAUGCUAGCGGAGGUCAUGCUAAUGGAGGUCAUGGAGGAGGUGGACAUGGUGGAGGAGGUUAUGGCGGAGGUGGCCAUGGCGGAGGUGGACAUGGUGGAGGUGGCCACGGUGGAAGUGGUCAUGGUGGAGGUGGUCAUGGCGGAAGUGGACAUGGUGGAGGUGGCCAUGGUGGUGGUGGCCAUGGUGGAGGUGGCCAUGGUGGAGGUGGCCAUGGUGGAGGUGGUCAUGGUGGAGGUGGUUAUGAUGGUGGUGGUCAUGGAGGAAGCGAUUUUGGUGGUUAUGGAGGAGGUGGUUUUGGAGACACCCAUGGAGGUGGUUUUGGAGAUACUCAUGGAGGCGGUGGCUUUGGAGAUACACAUGGAGGAGGUGAUUAUGGGAGCGAUCACGGAGGUGGCGGAUAUGGGGGGGGCGGCCAUGGAGGUGGUGGCCACGGAGAUGGUGGCCAUGAAGGAGGCGGAUAUGGUGGUAGCGGCCACGGAGGUGGUGGACAUGGUGGAAGUGGCUACGGAGGAGGUGGCCAUGGAGGAGGUGGCCACGGAGGAGGUGGCCAUGGUGGAGGUGGCUAUGGUUAUGGAGGACAUGUUAAGACAGUCUAUGUAACAAAAGAAGUACCGGUGCCGUAUCCAGUUCAUGUAGAAAAAAAAGUUCUUUACCCCGUCCGAGUGCCGUAUGAAAAGCCUGUGCCGUAUCCAGUUCAUAAACCAUAUCCAGUGCACAUUGAAAAACAAGUACCUUACCCAGUAAAAGUGCACGUGCCCCAACCGUAUCCCGUAACGGUAGAAAAACAUGUACCGUUUCCGGUAAAAGUACAUGUAGAUCGACCAGUGGCGGUACACAUACCGAAACCAUAUCCGGUUUACAUUGAGAAAAAAGUGCCCGUAGCUGUUGACCAUCCAGUCCCAUAUCCGGUGAAAAUACCUAUAGACCGUCCCGUUCACGUGCACAUACCGGUAGAAAAACCCAUUCCCUAUCCAGUGGAAAGGAAAAUACCAUAUCCGGUCAAAGUGCCGGUGGACAGACCCUAUCCGGUGCAUGUUCCCAAACCGUAUCCGGUGCACGUGGACAGGCCCGUACCGUAUCCGGUCAAGGUACCGGUGAAAGUGCAGGUAAAGGUACCUGUACCUUAUCCCGUGGAAGUCAAAGUUCCUGUUCAUAUACCGGUGCACGCACCCGCCCACGAUUACGGCAACACAGUAAUGAAACACAGCGAUUUAUACCGACAGGGAGGAAACAUUCAAGAGAGCUCGGGAGACACAACUGGAUACGGCGCAGCGUUUGCAGUAAAUAAUGGCGAACACGGAUUCACAUCGUUCAAUGGCCAAGACCAAGGAACACCAGAUGCUUACGGCGGUAGUGAAGAUUACGGAGCCCACGGAUGA